AUGCGGGCCUACCUAAAUCAGAAGCGACUAGACACGGAGGCGAAACUGCUGCAGCUGAAUGCCAACCAGUUUGCGCACCAGGCGACUCAGUGGCUCAAGCUAAUCACGAGUUUCAACCAGGCGCUGAAGGAGCUUGGAGACGUCGAGAACUGGUCGCGCAGCAUCGAGACUGACAUGCGCACGAUCGCAAGCGCUCUUGAAUACGUUUACAAGGACGAGUCCGCCGAACAGCAGCAGCAGCAGCAGUAGCAGCAGCAGUAGCAGCACUUGGAGACAGGUAGAUAGAUACGUGCUGACGCACUGUGCUAGCUACAUCGUGUGCGAUCUUAAUUCCUGUAGACAUUUUGUGGCUUGCGGCUUUAGUUCUUUGAGAGAGAUUGGGUUGAGGCCUGACGGUGGCGGUGGUUAAGGUUCCUCAUUGAGUCGAAGCCUGCGCGAGAUAUAUCGGACGUGAUUUCUUGUGUGAACUGAGAUCUAUGAAAAUAAAGGCGUUUGAGAAAUCUCGGCGCUUGGGUAGUCGGUAAUUGCA